AUGGCAGCUAAAGAUUUAAUAUGUGGAGGUGUACGAAAGCGAAUUGGGAACGGGGAAUCUACCUUGAUAUGGGAACACCCUUGGUUACAGGAUGAGAUUGAUCCUAUGAUUCAUACGGAAAUGCCACAACACCUGUCUGGAGCCAAAGUGGUAGGAUUAAUUGAUCAGGAUACAAAAACAUGGGACCUGCACAUACUAGCUGAUAUUUUCCAACCAGAUGAUAUACCUAGAAUUCAGAAAAUACCGGUUGCCCCUGAGUAUGAAGAUAUAUGGUAUUGGUAUGAUGAUCCUAACGGUUAUUAUUCAGUCAAAAGUGGAUAUAGACGAAUAGUUGGAAACUAUGAGAACAAUUCUAAUGGGAUUUUUAGUGAAUGGCUUACCCUAUGGAAACUAAAAAUCCCACCCAAAUGGAAGACAUUCUUAUGGAGGGCUAUUUGUGAUAUCCUCCCUACUACCAAUAAUUUGCUUAUAAAGAGAGUGGAGAUUAACCCGAUUGCAAUCUUGAAUGUUCUAGACUUUGAUGGAAUUACUUAUGCAGCUGCAAUACUUUAUCAUUUAUGGAGGGCGCGAAACGGUGCAGUGUGGGAUGCCUGCCUACCAACGCCAACCAAGCUAUUAUUGACUGCAACGUCCACGAUGAAGGCGUGGAAAAUGGUUCACCACCGUGCGCCACAGCCGGAACGGGGCCAAGGAACCGCCGCUACUGCCCGUACUGCCGACCAGCCUCCGCUGCCGCCUACUGCUGGACCGACUGCCGCUCUUCCACCGCCGCUGCUGCCCGUACUGCCGGACCCGCACCAUGGUGUAUCACCAUCACCGGUAAAAUGCUACAUGGACGCCAGCUACCACCACGGAACGAAUGCCGCUGCUGUUGGGGCGAUCCUCCUCGACGCCAACGGCCAUUAUUUGUCGGCUUUCACCGCCCCAUUGAUUGGAUGCCACUCCCCGCUAUCGGCUGAGGCUAUUGCAUGCAAAGAAGUCUUGUCAUGGCUCAAGAGGCGGGAUGAAUUAUCUAUACAAGUAUUCACGGAUUGCCAAGUGCUACAGUCCUAUCUAUCGGGACCAUCAAUAACACCACGGUCAUACCUGGGCUAUGCUAUCGACAACUGCAGAGCUCAUAUAUCUACUUUUUCGUAUUGCUCAAUUAUUUACAUUCCUAGAUUACAGAAUUCAUUAGCUCAUACUCUAGCUUCUACAGCUUUCACGUUUGAUACUGCUAUGUACUGGGACAAUGUCCCUCCAGACUCUAUUUUACCACUUCUAUAA